UACUCUGGCUAAAUUCUAUAUAUAGAGUUACACACACAUCACUGCUUAGUAGCUAGCAUUUCUCUAGCUUUUCUCGGAUAUAUCUUCUACAACCUUAAGUACGUAGUUGUAACAUAUUCACUCAUGGCCUCUUCAUCUUUUACAUCGAAGGAAAUUACGGCCAUAAAUCUCAUUCUAUUAAUAUCACUAACUCCGAUUCUAAGAAUUGCAUGCGAAUCACCUUCAUGUGAACGUACGUUCACAUCGAUAAUAAGCUUCGGUGACUCCCUGGCUGACACAGGCAACAAGCUUCAUCUCUCAAACACAAACAACCCACCGGCCUCCGCCUCGCCGCCUUACGGCGAAACUUACUUCAAGUCCCCCACCGGACGGUGCUCCGACGGUCGCCUCAUCAUUGACUUCAUUGCUCAGUACCUUGGAGUUCCCUUGGUACCUCCGUACAUAGGCGGCAAGGUAGCCAAUUUUGGUGCCGGAGUGAAUUUUGCGGUGGCCGGAGCGACGGCACUGGACAAGCCAUUUUUCGAGGAGAGAGGGGUGGAUAUUCCGGUAUGGAAUGGCUCUCUAGGGACUCAGUUGAGUUGGUUCAAGGAUUUGCUACCAUCUCUCUGCAAAACCUCCUCAGAUUAUGAUGAACUCUUUGAAAGAAGUCUAUUUCUUGUGGGAGAGAUAGGAGGAAAUGAUUACAAUCACGCAUUGCUAGCUGGCGUCAGCAUGGAAGUGGUGGAAACGUUUGUAUCGCCCGUCGUUGCUGCCAUCGUCUCAACUGUCAAUGAGCUAUUAGAUUUGGGGGCUAGGACAUUAGUAGUGCCAGGAAACUUCCCAAUUGGAUGCUCGGCAGCUUAUCUGACAACGUUUAUGACCAAUUCUUCUACGAAAGAUUAUGAUCCACAGACCGGCUGCUUGAACUGGCUAAACAAUUUUGCUAUGCAGCAUAACACAAUGCUGAGGACCGAGCUGGCCCGGAUUCAAGAGUCUCAUCCUCAUGCCAACAUCAUAUAUGCUGACUACUACAAUGCGGCAAUGCAACUAUUUUUAAAUCCAUACAAAUUCGGAUUUAGCAAGGGUGCUAUAACAGCAUGUUGCGGAGGAAAAGGACCAUAUCAUUACAACACAUCAGAAAUGUGUGGGCAACCAUUAGCAACUGUGUGCGCGGAUUCUUCUCAGUAUGUUAAUUGGGAUGGUUUGCACUUGACAGAAGCAGCCUACAGCUUCAUAUUUAAAGCUUUAUUUCAAGGACCACACACAGUUCCUCCUUUCAGCUCGUUAUGUUCAGCAGCAUCACACCCACAGUAUGAUCAAUAAGCCAGUGCUGGAUAGAUAAAGACUAUCAUGUUGCACGCCUGUAUAUAAGUGUAUAUUACAAAUAUGAUAUGCGCGCUUCUUACUUUACUCUACCUCUUGUACCAUUAAGGUUGAAUCAGUGUGUACGAAUUAUUUAAAUAUAUUUUCAGACUGAUUACUGUGUCUUAAA